AUGGAUCGCCGUCAGUCGACUGCAGAUAUCGUCAUGGGUCUGGUGGGUUUUCGGCCCAACAAGGCCACGCAAAAAGGGCGAAAAGGACGAAAGCAGAAGGCUCUUGCGCCCUCGGCUGCGCUGGAAUCGCUGCAGCAAGGUUCUGUCAAUGGGGACAGCGGACGUGCGCCUGCAGCGCGUGUAAUUACAGCGUACCAAACUGGAAAGACUGCCCCAUCUGGCGCGCGCUAUCAGCUGCAGCCUCCUGCAGGUUGUGCAGGAGCAAAUUUGUGGCAGCGCGCGGUUUUCUGUCAUCGAAAGGGAGCCCACAGUCUGUGA